AUGGCGUUCCUUCCUUCCUGGGUUUAUGUACUAGUUGGUUGCUUUUCUGCUUCCUCAGUAGGGGCUUCUGAUCUUUCAGAUAUGGAGCCCACUCUGUGGAAGGAGAGCCCAGGUCAGUUCAGCGAUUACCGUGUAGAAAAUGGGAAGUACCUUAUUGACCCCUGGAAUUACACUAAGAGAAUGGGGAUGUACAAAAUCCUAUUGAACCAGACAGCCAGAUAUUUUGAAAAAUUUGCACCAGAAAAUGAACAAAAUAUUUUAUGGGGAUUGCCUCUGCAGUAUGGCUGGCAAUAUAGAACAGGCAGAUUAGCGGAUCCAACCGGAAGGACAGACUGUGGAUCUGCAUCUGGAGAUCCUUUGUGCGUCUCCGUGGAUAGUUGGUGGGCUGAUUUAAAUUAUUUUCUGUCUUCAUUACCCUUUCUUGCUGCGGUUGAUUCUGGCAUAAUGGGGAUAUCAUCAGACCAAGUUAUGCUUUUGCCACCACCCAAGGAUCAGAUGAGGUUUUGUUAUGAUGUUUCUAGCUGUCGUUCAUCCUUCCAUGAGACAAUGAACAAGUGGAAUGCCUUUUACCAGUAUUUGCAGACACCUUCUAGCAACUUUGAUGACCUGCUGAAGUACUUAUGGAUUGCACACACCUCAACCUUAGAAGAUACUUUCAAAAGUUUUGAAGAUAGAUGUGGUUAUUAUUCUAAACCAGAAGAACGUUUUGAGAGAAAUUGGGUCGUAGCUGUGGAGUAUUUAGCUGCAUUGAGCUUUCCGACAACCUUGAUCAGGUCAUAUAAAUUCCAGAAGGGCCUGCCGCCACGAGUCCUCCUUAAAACAGAUGUAGUCCCUUUCAUCAGUGACUUUACUGCUUUUCAGAAUAUAGUCCUGUUUGCUCUUAAUGUACUAAACAAACUGGAUAAACUCAUAGGUAUUCAUUCUGUGGAAAAACGUUUAUGA